GUUUGAAAUCAUUCAUUGGAUAGUGCUAGAGUUGAAGCACCAUGCGCGUGAUCAUUGCCGAUGAAACAGGGUUGGUCAAGAACGUGGCAGUAGAAGCGGCGACGGCCACCGUGCUGGCAGGCACAGCUCAGAGCCGUAGCACGUCUGCUCGAUACCUCGCGUGGUCUGAGAAGGACGUGGUCGUGGCGCGCACAAAUGGAGAUGUCGAUUGCGUUGGCGUCCACGGCGGGUCGCCGUGGAGCUUCACGCGCGAAGGCAGUCCUGUUGGGAUGGGCGUCAUCGCGGAAUAUGGUUCCAUCGUGCGAUGCAACACGGCAGGACACGUAGAAGUCGUCCACCCGCUCCACGUCAAGCCCAACCCGCCGUCGUUCAACGUUGGCAACGACAUCCAGACGCUGCGAGUGAACCCAUUCGCAUCGAAUGUGAUUGGGAUCGGCGGGAAAGAGCGCGACGCGAACCUGUGGGACUUGCAGACCCAGAAGGCCAUUUUUAAAGCGAAGAACAUCACGCACGACAACCUGGAUAUGCGCGUGCCGGUGUGGGUCAAAGCCAUGACGUUCCUGCCGCCCACGUCCGCCGCGGGAGGCAGCGAAGGCCAUCGCCUCGUGGUGGGCACCGCGUACCAUCAAAUCCGCAUCUACGAUACCAGCGCCAAGCGGCGGCCGGUGUCUGAGACAUCGUUUGGCGACCUGCCCAUCACAGCCGUGCUCGUCCAGGGCAACCGCGUCAUCUUCGGCGACACCGCCGGGAACGUGAACGCCAUCGACAUGCGCACGUUCAAGCACCUGGGGCGAUACCACGGCCCCGUGGGGUCUAUCCGGGACCUGGCGCUGCACCCUACGCUGCCGUACGUGGCGUCCGUGGGGCUGGAUCGCAUGGUGCACGUGCAUCACGUCGAGACUCGCAAGGCGGUGCACACGUACUACGCAAAGCAGCGCCUGAAUGCCGUGCUGUUCACAGACGAAGGCAUCAAGGCCGCGCCCGUCGCGCCCGUCGUCAAGGCGGAAGCGGAGGAGAACGACGACGUGGUUGAGAUGGGCAGUGACGACGACGAAGACGACGAAGCGUAUGAAGGGUUGGAGAUUGACGACAAUAGCAGUUAUAUGGGCAGUGACAAUGAUGACGACAAGGAUGACGACGAUGAUGACGAUGACAUGGAGUAA